AAUUGGGUGCGGGCUAAUCGGGCUGUAAUUUUAUCGGGCUGGAAAUUUUCAGCCCUAACCCUAUAAAUUUGACGGGCUAUUCGGGUCAACCCACGGGUUGCGGACUAAAUUGACAUCCCUAAGAUUAACACUGCAAUUCAAUCAAAGCUAAACAUUUACAAUUACAACCCGAGAAGCUAAAUUGGAAGUCCAACAUUGUGAAAAUGAAUCCGAUCCUUUGCUCCAAACACAAGAUUUGCACCCACUUCCUUUCUUUAACAUGAUAUUUUUCUCAUAUCAAUGCCUUUCAAUAAAAUGGAGUUGACAUCCACGAGUUUGGCAGGAUGAAGAAACGACGCGAACAUAGAGGGAUACGGCGAGGCUUGUGUUCAAGCCUCGUUAGCUGCCUGAAUAAGUUCCAAGGCAACGUCACCCCUGCAAAAGUUAAGAGUUUUGGCAUUCCGAAUGCCACCAUAUAUGGGGAGAUCAUCAUCCAGGUUGGCCGUGGCGAAUCAGGCCCCGGAAAAGCAGCCACUGUUUGGUUGUAUAGUGAUUCCGAUAUCGAUCCCGGUGAGUUCUAUGUUCAAAUUUAUGAUAUUCUAGUUAGUCGUUUGGUCACUUAUUUUUGUAAUUAGAUAGCCUUGAAAAUUAGGCAAGAUAUUUCGAGUAGAGGGUUCUGACCCAGUCCAACUCGGGCUAGCCCACCAGAGAAACAAAGUGGGCAUGGACUGGACUUGUUGAUUUUGACGGGCUCCAAUUAGGCAUGUUUACAAACAUAAGACCAGCCCUAGGAUUAGGCCCACUAGGAGCCCAAUCCAAGCCCAUCCCACGAACAACCCACCUGAAGCCCACCAGAGUAAUUAAGUCUAGGAAACUUACACAUAAAGCUGUUCUCCAAAAAGGAAGCAUCGACGAGGAAAUUGACAGCAGCUCCUGUGCUACAGUUCUGAGGUAUGAAGUGGAGUUCAAAGUUGAGCCAGACUUCGGAGCUCCGGGAGCAAUCUCCGUUAAAAACGAGCACAAACACAAGUUUUUCCUUCGAAAUAUAUCUUUGCAAGGAUACAACAACAUAGUUCAUUUCGAAUGCAACUCGUGGCUCUAUCCUUUCCACUUAACCAAACAAGAUCGUGUUUUCUUCCCAAACACGGGAAUGGAACUGGAGAGAGACAAAAAUGGGAACAAAUCUAUGACUACGACUACUACAAGGAUCUUGGCAUACCUGAAAGAAGCCCUGAAUAUGGAAGACCUGUUUUAGGUGGAACACAGUCGUUUCCAUAUCCACGUAGGUUGAGAACCGGCCGCCCUUCAAACAACUACGGUACCAGCAGAUAUUUUUAAUUGAUUUUGCUUUCAGCAUUAUCAGCUCAAUGAGGAGAGAAUAAAUAUGUGCAGAUACUC